AAUAAAAUUUAUGGUUCAUUGAUCAAACGUUUCAUAUUGAAUGUUGAUGAAAUCGAUUCCGUUGUAAGUGGUCGUGAUCCUUGGAAGAAAUCUAUUGAUCCCAUCAAGAUCCGUCGAGAGGUCGUGAUCCUUGACUCUCACCAAGAAUUGUGUUUCUUGGAUGAAAUCGACCCUGUUGUAAGUGGUCGUGAUCCUUGA